CCUUCUACAUACGAGUUUUCAUCGCAAACGGUUCAGCCGCAAAGCUAUAUAAUGGUAGGUCGCUCUUAUUGUAGAAGUCAUACCAUUAAAUCCCUUCGUCGGAGAAUCUACCCAGAAAAUGACACUUUCGUAUAGCACCUCUAACUUAUACUUGAUAAUCGUGCUGGUGGCGUCAUGUUUUUUUAUUGUAUCUGUGGCAGAAGAAACACCAAAGCAUCAUCAAUCUAGACCAAUUGUCUUAAUGCCCCAGUCAUAUAAAUUCGCAAGUAACUUCCCGUUACCUUACUACAAUCAUUACGGACAAUCCGUUACGAUGCCAGCAGAAAGAAACCUCACCCCAGACGUGAAUUGGCCUUACAUUUAUUCGCCUUGGUUGUCAGGUAACUUCCAAAGUGAGCGGAGGGAUGGCAGUCGAAGCGCAGGUGCAAACAUUCUUUUACGCCCACACGCAAAAGAGUGUCUUAAGGAUAAUGUUGCAACUGAUGGUGGCCGCACUUGCAGGGUGUCAUCACGAGCAAGUAGCGGCUCCAUAGACAUCAGAUUUAGCGAAAUUAAUCAAGUUGCUUACAUCAAUAUCACAGCCCCAAAGAAUUUUAGCGUUACGCUUAUUUGUACGGACGUAACUGAUACCGCAGUCUUUACACGAGGUGGUAAAAUCACCGAAACAUCUGAUACACCUAGAACACAGGCCGGCUACAUGAGCAUUGUAUCGACUAGUACAGCCAAUACGGGCAGCACAUUAAAAUGUUCAUGGUUCUCCUAUCCUAACUAGAAAUAUCUACAACGCUUUUUCCACCAGAAUUACAUUUCUCUUAUUAUUCAACUGACUUUGGCAUGGUUCAAAUUUUAUUGCUAAGAACCGUUACUAAAAGUCUUUGUGUACAGCCAUUGGUUUUCCGAAAUUGGAUAUUUGAACUGAUUGGAUUCUACCCUAAAAUAAAAUACAAGCGCUUUAAAAGUUA